GUGUAUAUAUAUAGCCUCCUAACAACUCAAAACUUAAAAGCUUGUAAACCAUUUUCUACCUCUCACAAAUUUUCUCUCGCACUCAAGUUUGAUCUUUCUAAGCAGAAGUAUUAAGUAUUUUUUGAAGAUUCAAGACUCGUUGAGGUGGUCACACAAAAAGACAAAACAACAAAACAUAUUCUUUUCUCCCACCUCAAAAGUCAAUUCAUCAUGAAGUUCUCAAUCUCAGCACUGAAGCAGGUACAACCAAUCUUGAGCUUCAAGAACAAACUCUCCAUGGUCAACGUCAACUCUUUCCUCCCUCCCCAAGAAAAAGUCGUCUUCGUGAUGGGAGCUACAGGAUCCGGUAAGACCCGUCUAGCCAUCGACCUAGCAACACGUUUUCGUGGAGAGAUCAUAAACUCCGACAAGAUCCAACUUUACAAGGGCCUUGACGUCCUUACAAACAAAGUCACACCUCAAGAAUGCCGAGGUGUGCCUCACCACUUGCUCGGAGUAUUUGACUCGGAAGCCGGAAACCUAACGGCCACCGACUUCAGCCGACUUGCGUCACAAGAAAUCUCAACACUCUCAGCAAACCACAAGCUUCCUAUAGUAGCCGGUGGAUCAAACUCAUACAUCGAAGCACUUGCGAAUCAUUCUUCUGGAUUCUUGUUAAACAACUACCAUUGCUGUUUCAUUUGGGUCGACGUUUCCUUACCGGUUCUUAACUCCUUCGUCUCAAAACGUGUCGAUCGUAUGAUGGAAGCAGGAUUACUCGAGGAAGUAAGAGAAAUAUAUGAUCCAAAAGCGGAUUAUUCUGUCGGGAUACGAAGAGCUAUUGGAGUCCCGGAGCUUCACGAGUACUUACGUUACGAAUCUUUAGUAGACCGUGCCACACAAAGAAAGAUGCUUGACGUAGCGGUUAAAAAGAUCAAAGAGAAUACAGAGAUACUAGCUUGUCGACAAUUACUAAAGAUUAAACGUCUGAGCAAGAAGUGGAAGUUGUCUAUGCACCGUGUGGACGCAACGGAAGUGUUCUUGAGACGUAACGGAGAAGAAGCAGAGGAGGCUUGGGAGAAUCUAGUAGCGAGACCGAGCGAGAGAAUCGUAGAUAAGUUUUAUAAUAGCCAAGUGAUGAGAAAUGAUGAUGUUGAUCAUUGUUUGAGCACCAUUGGUGCGGCGUCUUACGGCCGAGGAAGUGGAAGUAGGGCUCACAAUAUGAUUUGAAAAAGUUUUUUUUGUCUUUGAUCAUGUGAAGCUUUUUUGGAGUGUGUGAGAGUUGAAAAUUUUCGUGUGUGUGGUGGUGAUUCCCCGGAGGUUUUGCAACGUACAGGUGUGUUAGUAUAGUACCUCG